AUGGCGAUUGUCCUUUCAGAUGCUGACUUCGGAGGAGAUUUCGAUGAAGAAGCACAUGACAGAGAUAAAUUUCACAUCGAACAGUUGGUGAAUGAGUUCGUCGAUGAACCACCAGUCCGCCAUGAUGUGUAUCCGGAGAGUGAUACCGAUGAAAACGGUGAUGGUACAGAGCCAGUUCAUACACAUAUCAUGCACGGUGAUGGGCAUUUGUACGAUAAGCAGACAUUCUUCAGUGGAGUCGCUUUCAAAGAAGCAGUGACGGAAUAUGUUCUCAGAACUGGAAACAAUCUGAAGCAAUACAGGUAUGAUAAAGAUAUAAUUGGCUUUAUAUGUGUUGGUUGUAAUGGAGAUGAUGGAUCAAAGUGUGAGUGGAAGGUUUAUGCCGCGAUUCUGCCUAAGGAUAACAUGUGGAGGAUUAGAAAGUUUAAUGAUAAGCAUAGUUGUAUCCCUAAUGGAGAAUGUGAGAUGUUUAAGGUGAAUCAUAUAGCUAGGUUGUUUCUUGAUAAGAUUAGAGAUAAUCCUGAGUACUUCAUGCCAGUGAAAAUGGAAGAAAUCAUAAAGGAACGGUGGAAGAUCAGUGUCACUAGGCAUCAGUGUCAAGCGGCUAGAAAGAAGGCACUUAUCUGGAUUGAGAAGGAGUAUAAUGAACAGUUUGCUAGAUUAAGAGAUUAUGCUGCUGAGAUAUUAGAAUCAAACAAGGAUUCACAUGUAGAGGUUGAAUGUGUGACGACUGAUGAUGAAAAAGACAUGUUCAAUAGGUUCUAUGUUUGUUUUGACAACAUAAAUAGAACAUGGAAAGAGAAUUGUAGGCCUCUAAUAGGAAUGGAUGGUUGCUUCCUAAAGAAUAAGGUCAAGGGACAGCUUUUGGUAGCUUUAGGUAGGGAUGCUAACAAUGGUAUUUAUCCAAUAGCAUGGGGAGUUGUAAAAGUUGAGAACACCGACAAUUGGGUUUGGUUUAUGAAGCAUUUGAAGACUGACCUUGGACUAAAUGAUGGUGACGGCUUCAUCAUGGUCUCUGAUAGGCAAAAGGGAUUGAUCAAAGCUGUUCAGCUGGAAUUACCAAAGAUGGAGCAUCGAAUGUGUGUACAACACAUCUACGGGAACUUGAAGAAGCAUCAUGGAAAUAAAACCCAGAUGAAGCCACUUUUGUGGGAUUUGGCUUGGUCUUACAAUGAGACGGAUUAUAAGCGGCACUUGGAGAGGAUCUUCUGUUAUGAUACUGGUGUAUACAAUGAUGUCAUGAGGACAAAUCCAAAAAGCUGGUGCAGAGCAUUCCACAAGAUUGGGAGUUAUUGUGAAGAUGUUGAUAAUAACCCCACAGAGUCUUUUAAUAGCUCCAUUAACAAGGCAAGGGAGAAACCUUUUAUUGCUAUGCUAGAGACAAUCAGACGACUUGCGAUGGUGAGGAUUGCCAAAAGAUCUACAGAAUCUCAUUCUCACACAGGGAUUUGUACUCCAUAUGUUGCAUUGUUUCUAGCUAAAGAGCAUAAGUAUGCAUCUGAGUCGAAGGUUCACUCAAGCACAAAUGGAACAUAUGAAGUUCAUCAUGGUUUAGAUAAACACAGAGUCUGCCUUAAAAAGAUGUCAUCAUCGAGAAAACACUUGUAG